AUGGCGAUCUCCGGCGAGGAGAGGCACGCGCCCGCCGGAGGCGAUUCCGGCGGCGGGAAGCUCUGGAACCUCUGCCGCAUGCCCUUCCGGCAGGCGGGCGGGGCGCCGGCCUCGGCGCCUCCGCAGUCGUCGUCGUCGUCUGGGAUCCACCACCACUCCGCCGGCAGGUACGGCCACGAGGCUCCCGUCGCUGGGGACAGAGCCGUGCAGGCAGCGUCGGCGGGGUCGAUCUCGUCAGUGGCUAAGUCGCUGCUGCCAGCGCGCCGCCGCCUCCGGCUCGAUCCGGCCAAUAAGCUGUACUUCCCAUAUGAACCAGGAAAGCAGGUCAAAAGCGCAAUUAGGAUAAAGAAUACAAGCAAGUUUUAUGUAGCAUUUAAGUUUCAAACAACUGCACCAAUGGGUUGCUUCAUGCGCCCCCCUGGAGCCGUCCUUGCACCUGGGGAGACUAUUAUAGCCACUGUUUUCAAGUUUGUGGAGCACCCAGAGAAUAAUGAGAAUGUUCUACAGAAGUGCAAGGUCAAAUUCAAGAUUUUGAGCUUGAAGGUGAAGGGACCAAUGGAAUAUGCACCAGAACUGUUUGAUGAGCAGAAGGAUCAAGCUGCUGUUGAGAAGAUCCUGAAAGUUGUUUUCUUGGAUGUAAACGGUCAAAGCCCUCAACUGGAAAAGGUCAACAAUCAAAUAGCUGAGGCAGAAGCUGCACUUGAGGCAGGGAAGAAACCUCCAGAAGAAAAUGGCCCAAAAAUUGUUGGUGAAGGGCUCGUCAUCGAUGAAUGGAAAGAGCGGAGGGAAAGGUACCUCGCGCAACAGCAAGUUGAAGUGGUCGAUUCGGUGUAA